AUGCCUGCACAGCAAUCAACGACGGGCCAACUACGCCCUGAUGGAUCCAGAGCAGCUCCUCAUCCACUCGACCAGCUUUCAGUCCAAGAAUCUGAUCACGCUCGGGAAGUCAUUCUCAAAGCGAGAGGCUCUCAAGUGGCUAUCAAUUUCAGAUCCAUAUUCCUCGAUGAGCCUCCAAAGCAAGAAUUGUCCCGCUUCCUGGAGCUAGAAAAUGCCGGAAGAGUAACGUCACACACGCCUAGGCCGGCUCGUGUAGCAAAGGUUCAAUAUGAUGUUAUUAGAGGGGAUCAAAAGCACGAAUACAUGGAGUCGUGCGUGGAUCUUAUUUCUGGGAAGGAGGUACAGCAGCGGGUUGUUGAGAAGAUGCACCAGGCUGCAUUGACAACUCACGAAUUCAGAGAGUUUAGCGAGGCAUGUGUGGAAUCACCGAUUUUCAAGAAAGCUGUAGCAGAAUUCCACCUUCCAGAAGGCUUCGUAGUUGCUAUUGAUCCUUGGCCAUAUGGAGGUCCCGACCCCUCCGAGGUUGCUCCUCGAUAUACACAAGGUUUGUGCUUUGCAAGAGACACCCGCAAUGGGAAUGAAGACUCCAACCACUAUGGCUAUCCACUGCCGAUUAUUCCUAUCAUGGAUACGUACAGCAAGGAGAUUGUACGAGUAGACCGCUUGGCAACUGGUGGCAAGGAAGACGGGUUGGCUUGCGGAACACACAAAAGAGACAUUCUUUCUCAUUGUUCGCCCUCCGAAUAUGUACCGGAACUGCUCUCACAACCCCUUCGGAACGAUGUCAAACCAUUGAAUGUCACUCAACCGGAAGGCCCUUCUUUCAAGGUCGACGGGAAUCUGAUCGAAUGGCAGAAAUGGAGAUUCAGAAUAGGCUUCAACCCUCGAGAAGGUGCAACGCUUCACGAUGUCAGAUAUGAUGGUCGCAGCGUCCUCUACAGACUGAGUCUUUCGGAGAUGACUGUCCCAUAUGGAGAUCCUCGACCUCCUUUCCAACGAAAGCAGGCCUUUGAUUUCGGAGAUGCCGGUGCUGGACGUGCUGCAAACAACCUAGCUCUGGGCUGCGACUGUCUGGGAACUAUCAAGUACUUUGAUGCCGUCCUGACUGAACCAGACGGAAAAGCAAGCUUGAGCAAGAACGUGGUAUGUCUGCACGAGCAGGAUAAUGGAAUUGGAUGGAAGCACACCAACUUCCGAACCAGUAGAGCUGUCGUCACCAGACUUCGAGAGCUCGUGGUACAAUUCAUUAUUACUCUAGCCAAUUAUGAGUAUAUCUUUGCGUACAAGCUGGAUCAAGCAGGUGGAAUUACUGUUGAGACGCGGGCGACCGGUAUUGUAAGUGUGGUCAAUAUCGAUCCAGGGAAGACUAGUCCUUGGGGGAAUGUGGUAUCCGCGGGAGCUUUGGCUCAGAACCAUCAACAUCUGUUUUGUAUACGGAUCGACCCGGCGAUUGAUGGAUCAAACAACACUGUCGUGGCGGAAGAGAGUCUGCCAAUGCCAAUGUCAAAAGAAUUCAACCCAUAUGGCAGCGGAUAUGAGGUUAGACAAACACCCAUCAAGACAUCACAGCACCUCGAUGCCUCACCAUGGACAAAUUUGACUGUGAAAAUGACAAACCCCUCCAAAUUGAACCCGGUUUCCGGUAAGCCGGUAGCAUACAAGUUCAUUCCAUCGGCAUCACAAUUGUUGCUUGCUCACCCAGACUCAAUCAUGGCAAAGAGAGCGCAAUUCGCGACUCAUCAUGUCUGGGUUACCAAAUACAAGGACGGAGAGCUUUGGGCAGGUGGAGAGUUCACCAACCAAAGUCAAAAGGAAGUCGACGGCGUUUCAGACGCAGUCGCAAGAAAUGACAAUAUUGAGAAUGAUGAUGUGGUGGUUUGGAACGUCUUCGGGUUGACGCAUAAUCCGCGCGUUGAGGACUGGCCUGUCAUGUAAGUCUCUACCUAGUGAAGUCAUUAUAUAUUGCUAACUUCUACUAGGCCUGUCGAAAUACAUCAACUCCACCUUCGUCCGGCGGACUUCUUCUCAGCGAACCCUGCUCUCGAUGUACCGGGCUCAAAGAACACUGCUUCCGUUCUUGCUCCAUCCGAAUCCUGCUGCGAGAGUGGCUCUGUCCAACAAGCUCCCGCGUCCCAUAUGCAAGGGACUGGACCGGAUCUGGAUCCUAAGAGUAAAUUGUGAGGAGUGGCCUCAUAACAGAGAUUAUUGUUCUAUCGGCUUGUGGGAUAGCUUUGAAAUCAACUCUUCAAGUGAUUUUUCGGCAGAAGUCUCCCAUAGCGUAUAUGAUGGCGUUAUCAAGGGAAUUUGAAUG